UGGUCCCGAAGGAGCGGCGGGCGCAAUAUUGAAAACCCCACGGGCUGCCAGAAGGACAAACCCAUAUUGCAAGUAGUACAGCCAGGCCUCCACGUGCUUUGGGCAUGUUCUCAGGAGACAGCAGUCCCUGGAAAAGGACAUCAUGCUUGGGUCUCACUCUCUCCGCUAUCUCUUCAUGGGCUCCUCGGAACCGGACCUUGGCCUGCCCCUGUUUGAGGCCUUGGGCUAUGUGGAUGACAGGCUGUUUGUGUCCUACGAUCAUGAGAGUCACCAUGCCCAGCCCCGAGCCCCGUGGCUCUGGAACGGUACUUCAGGUCAGCUGUGGUUGCAGCUGAGCCAGAGUCUAAAAGGAUGGGACCACAUGUUCACGAUUGAUUUCUGGAACAUCAUGGACAACCACAAACACCACAGUGAGGAGUCCCACACCCUGCAGGUGAUUCUGGGCUGUGAGGUUCAGGAAGAUAACACCACCAGAGGUUUCUGGAAAUACGGGUACGAUGGGCAGGACCACCUGGAAUUCUGCCUGGAGACACUGGAUUGGGCAGCAGCCGAGCCCAUGGCCCAGGCCACCAAGUUGGAAUGGGAAGUGACCAAGAUUCGGGCCAAACAGAACAAGGCCUACUUGGAGAGGACCUGCCCAGAGCAGCUGCAGCAGUUACUGGAACUGGGGAGAGAAGUGGUGGACCAACAAGCGCCUCCUGUGGUGAGGGUGACUCGUCACCUGACCUCUGAAGCAACCACGCUACGGUGUCAGGCUCGAAACUUUUUGCCUGGGAACAUCACCAUGAGAUGGCUAAAGGACAGGAAGCUGCUGGGUGCUAAAGAUGUGGAGCCCCUGGAUAUACUGCCCAAUGGGGAUGGGACCUACCAGGGAUGGAUGGCUGUGGUGGUGUCUCCUGGGGAAGAACAGAGAUACACCUGCCAGGUGGAGCACCUCGGCCUGGACCAGCCCCUCACCGCCACCUGGGAUCCCUCACAUUCGGGCACCCUAGUCAUCGGAAUCGUCAGUGCGAUUGCUAUCUGUGUCACCAUCUUGACUGGCAUUUUGUUCCUAAUCGUCAAGAAGAGGCAAGCUUCCAGAAGAACGAUGGGGGACUAUGUUUUAGCUGAAGUGAACUUGACACUGGUGAAGGGAACACAGCUGAAAACAACCUACUGAUCUGGGACCGCCGUCUCGCCUUAUGAUAGCCCCGUGGGAAGCACCUGGGGAUAUGACACCCUUCCUCCUCUCUCGUCAUCGCCAGCAUUUUUCAGUCCUUAGGCUGCGGCAGUGACUGGUGAGAGGAGCUCAUGGCAGGUGGCGUUGGGCCGUGCAGUGUCUUUGCUGGGCCAGUAUCUCUGGAGUCGGAACCUUGGUGGCAUUUUCUGCUACUAACCAGAGCACCAUCUCUCACAGUGUCUCAGAGCUGCCUGCAGAGAAAGCCACGUUUUGAACUGUCAGUCUGGCUUUCUGGUCCCCUGACUAUGAAACAAAAGACACCGAGUGGUUGGAAUAUCAGCUCUCAUCCCCAGCGGCACACCUUUAGAAAGCUUAAUCAAGCCAAGCUACUUAAGAAUUACUAGAUUCUGAGAAAGCAAUGUGUACGCCACAUUCAAAUAAUCAAAUAUAGACACUCAGAUGCCAUCUAUUAGGCCACUCAAAGAGGUUCCAGUCCAUUCUGUUUUGAGGCCAGGUGCCUCACGAUACCAAAUGUAGCUCCAAAGGUUGUGCAGUAGUCUUAUGGAUUGAGUUGUGGACCCAUGCCAAAGAUAUGCUGAAGUCCUAGCCCCAGUACCUGUGACUAUGAGCCUGUCUGGAAAUAGAGCCUCUAAUGCUCGGACCAGUUACCAUGAGGACCUAGGGAAGUAAAGCGUGCUCUAGCCCCAUAUGACUGGUGUCCUUACAAAAGAGAAGACGCGCAGAGAUGGAGGCAGAGGAAAGCUAUCAAGGGAUGCCGUAGCGGCAAACCACGGAACACUUGGAGCUCCGGAAGCUUAGCAAGAGCCCGGGACCAGAUGUUCCAGGUUCUCAAAGUUUCCCAAGGAGUCGACAUGACUGCUUGUGCCCUGCUAAGGUUCAGAACUGUCAAAUAAAAUAGUCUGUUUGUAGAAGCCACCCAAUUUGUGGUGUUUUUUAACUUUUCCUUUUUUUUCUGUUUGUGUCAAUUAUGUGGGAAAAAGUAGAAGUCAUUUGUGCUUAUUGUAAAAAAAAUGGAUAAAUGAAUAAAAUAAAUGAUAUCAUAGUGAUA